CUACUGACUUUUAGCCAAUUUUCUUAAGCCCUCCUCCCCGCAAGUAGAAAAAUCGCAACAUAGUAAUAAGAGCGAAGCAGAAGAUCAUUCUUCCUAACAGAAUAUCUAUGGAUCUUGCUCAGUCUCAAAAGAGCCAUCAGAUCGUGAAUUUUAGCGUCGCAUCUCUUCUUUUUCUUGGUUUCCUCUACGUAUUCGUUUGCAAUGAAGCCAACGUCAACUACUUGAUCUUGCCUACACCUUUUCAAAAACCUCAAUUCCUUGCAUCUAGUAGCAAAUCCCAUGCGGCAACCUUCAAUAUGAAGCCAUAUGAGAAAGAUGAACUAGAGGAAGCUCUAGCGGAGACGUCAACACAAAACAAGACGGUGAUUAUAGCCAUGGUGAACAAAGCCUACGUAGUGUUGGACAAAGGAGGGAAACCCAUGCUCGACAUAUUUCUCGAUGGAUUUUGGCUAGGCGAAAACACAAGAAACCUAGUCGAUCAUCUCUUAAUCGUGGCGGCGGAUCAAACCUCGUAUGAUCGGUGUAAAUAUCUACGGUUGCAUUGCUACAAGCUCAAAACGGACGGCGUGGAUUUUGUGGGGGAGAAGCUAUACAUGAGCGAAGAUUUCAUCAACAUGAUGUGGAGAAGAACGCUGUUUCUUACUAAUGUUCUUAAACAUGGAUAUAACUUCAUAUUCACGGACACAGACGUAUUAUGGCUAAGAAAUCCAUUCCCAAACCUCAUACAAAACCAAAGCAUCGACAUCCAAAUCAGCGUCGACAGCUUCAUCGGCCACCCAUGGUCCGAACGCAGACAACCCAUCAACACAGGCUUCUACAUGAUCAACUCAAACAACAAAACCAUUGCACUCUUCGAUUCCUGGUACGCCCAAAAAAACCAAUCCAAGGGUCUGAAAGAACAAGACGUGUUGGUGAAUCUGAUGCGCCAAGGUUUAUUUCGGAGGUUAGGGAUCAGGGCUAGAUUCUUGGACACUCUUUACUUCAGUGGGUUUUGUCAAGAUAGUAGAGAUGUUAAAGUUGUGUCCACGGUUCAUGCUAAUUGUUGUAGAAGUAUCAGUGCUAAGGUCACUGAUUUAACUAGUGUUAUUCAUGACUGGAAAAGAUUUUUAGCUAAUCAAACUGUGCCGUUUAGAUGGUCACCGCACCGUGGAUGUAUGGAUUCGUGGAGACAUCGGUGAAUUAUACAAGUAGAAAAGCCUGAAAUGAAUUUUUUUUUUUUUUUUGUUUAAGAAAUGGAGUAUUUAUUUUGUUUUGUCUAGGCCAAUGUACGGACGAAUUCUUUAAAUUUUUGUUUUGUCACGAGAUACUUUCUCGUAUGAUGAAUUGUAUCAGAAUACAAUAGCCGCUAUCAGGAGUUCUUUUUCUUGUAUUG